GCUUGGCCAAUCAGCGUCGUGAGUGGCAGCUGCGUACUGGCUGUGGCUUGGCGCAGCUUGCAUGCAAACUCCAACUUGCUCAGAUUCUCUGCUCGUUCUCAAGCGCUCAGAGCCCCAGUGCAUCUGGAGAGAUCUGAACACAGAAAGAGAGCCAGUGCAUGAAGCCUUCAGAAGCAGCAUUCUUGUUCAGAAAUGGCAUCAGAAAACUUUUUGCACACCAUCACGGACAAGUUUCCUUAAAAGCAGCAGCUGCAGAGGAGUUUCUGAGUUACCUUGAGCAUCAGGAAAAGGAGUAAAACAUAUCCAUGCUCAUGUCCAACGCCAGCGCCAGCUUCAUGCAGGCUUGAUUGAAGCAAUCAAGGGAGGGCGCCAGCUCGAUUUUGGCCUCAGCUUGGUCCUUGUUGGUAUUGAAAUUGAGGAUCAAAAGAAGACUCCGUCGCAAGUAAUUGUGCGCUGAUCAACCACCUGGUCAGCUCUUUGCCAUUGCAAAGAAGAGUUGAAGAUGGGGGCAUUUGGGACCACAAUUGAUGGUCGAAGCAUCGCUCUCAGUGGGGAGCCUCUUUUCCCAGGCUUCGACCGCAAAGAGUUCAGCAAAGCCGAUAAAGAUGCGGCCCGUUCACAAAAUUACUUCAAGGACAGGACGCCGAGCAUCACUCUACGCAAUCAGAUACAGCUGUCCACCUAUGGUGAUGCGAUCGGCGGGGACCUUGAGCAUCUGAAGAAGUUCGUUGAUGAGCACCUUGGAGGCGCCUUGGGUAGUGUCCACCUGCUGCCGAUAUACCCCUCCUCAGGCGACAGGGGUUUUGCGCCGUUGACGUAUCAUCAGAUCGAUCCCGAGCAGGGCAGCUGGGAUGAUGUUCGGGAGUUGGGCAAGGAGUAUGACUUGGUUCUUGACUUCAUGCUCAACCACGUUUCGGCCCAGUCAAAGAUGUUCAAGGACUAUCUGGCCAAGGGGGAGAAGUCGGAGUAUGCUUCCAUGUUCAUGGAUUGGGACAAGUUUUGGGGGGAAGGUGGUCCUGGAGAGAAGGAUCUCGCGAGCAUCAUAACACACCAGGGCGACCUUCCGAUGAUCGAAGUGACGCUCGAGGACGGAAGCAAGAGACGGCUUUGGAACACGUUCGGACCCGAGCAGAUUGACAUCGACCCCAAGUCCCCAGCAGGCUGGAACUUCGUUACGAAGUCGAUCAAAAACCUUUGCAGCCACGGGGUGAAGGUCAUUCGGCUGGACGCCUUUGGGUGCUUCACGAAGAAAGCGGGUUCGGAGUGCUACUUUGAGGAGCCAGAGGUGUUCGACAUGCUGGAUAGAGUGGGGAAGCUGAUGGAAGAGUCUGGGACGAGGUUGCUGUGUGAGGUUCAUCAGGACUACCGGUCCAACCUGAAGAUCGCGGAGCGCGGCUACUGGGUGUACGACUUCUCGCUGCCGCUGCUGGUACAUCACGCGUUCCACUUCCAAACCGCGCUCAACCUGCGCAAGUGGCUGCACAUCUGCCCGCGCCGCCAGGUCACCACGCUCGACACACACGACGGCAUGGGCAUCGAUGACGUCACAGGCCUGGCUGACAUCUGCGACCUGCAAGAGCUGGAGAGCCUGGCCAAGGGCGCCACCACUCAGGACCUGGCGGCCAUCACGAAGAAAUACUUCUACGACCCCAAGAAGGCCUCGUACGUGGACGCCGUUCACCAGAUCAACAGCACCUACUACUCGGCGUGCGAGGAGGAUGACCUGACGUACCUGCUCGCGCGCGCCAUCCAGUUCUUCUGCCCGGGCGUUCCGCUGGUGUACUACAAUGGAAUGCUGGCCGGAGUGAACGACGCGGAUGCGGUGCGGCGGACCGGCGUGCCCCGGAACAUCAACCGGCCGAACUACAGCUACGAGGACGCGGCGAAGCAGAUGCAACGGCCGGUGGUGCAGGCGUUGCGCGACUUGUGCCGCUUCCGGAACCAGCACCCCGCGUUCCAAGGACAGAUCACCAUCUUCGACGAUGAGCCCGAACAUGUUCUCAAAGUCCGGUGGGCGAACGGGAAGGACUACGCGACAUUGACUGCAAACAUCAAAACGCGGUCCUUCGAUCUGCGGUACACUACCGGAGGCCACGAAAGUUCCCCGAUCCGGUGCGUGAGGUUCCAGCGAGAAGGAGGCCAGGAGGGGUUCCCGGAGGGUGACUUUAACGAAGAAGAUGUUGUCUUCGUGUGCGCGAAGUAGGGAGCUCGACUGACGAGUGUUUCGCAUUUAAUCAUUUGAUGAUUGACCUCUGUUGAGGGUUGCGAUUCCGCAUUCAAAAUUGCUCGCUACUGAUAAGGUAGAGACUGCACGGUGAGAGGUUGUUGCAACGUGACGCAGCUGCACGCUUCGGUACGGUUGGAAACGGCCCGCUAUAACGGAUGGUAGCAAUUAUUGCUCGCAUACAUCCUUGUUAUAGACAUUGUCAUUUAGGACAUAACCCUUUGAGCUUUUCAGGGUCAGGCUGUCAUUUGCAGCAAGUAGUUGUUGACCUCUAGGCGCACAUAAUCAUUCAAUGCAUCGCACAUGCCAGGAUGUGGACGUUCAAACACGGUCAAAUUGACUUAUCAAACACACAAUAAUAUGUGCUCCAUCUG